AUUGCACAUUCUCUCUGACCCAGCAGCCAAAGAACGGAACGCGCGCAUCAUGGGGAGCGUACGCACUGUUGCGCAGGCUACAAGCUAUUAGCAACCUAGGCGUUCGUGGGUUUAAAAAAAACAUUCAAGGAAUAAACCGUAUAGUUGGUGCAAUAGAAGUAAAAGAAACUGCCUACGUGUCAUCAGCAGGAUUAAGGGAUGGAGUUCCCUGUGGACGUGUUGGAUUCAGUGAGGCAAGAGGAGGAGGAGCAGGCAGCAGAGGGCUACAUGACCCAGCUACGAUACGUCAGCCCCGACAAGACCGAGAGCUUUACCCUGCCCAGCCACAGAAAGAUCAGUAUCAGUCUGUGUAACGUUGGUUUUGUUCCCAUCUAUGGAGGAGACCUGAAGCACAAGGUUAUGGCCCUGUUCUCCCCAGAUGAUCAGCUCACAGCGGUAGCUCUGUACCUGGCAGGACAGUGGUGGUCAGUAGAGGACAUCCUCAGAACCUCAGACCCCUCCAGAACUGGCCUGGUCAAGACGAGGAGUCUUGGUGAGCGGAUCGUCCUGUACAUUCUGAACCGUAUCGUGUACCGCGUGGGUGAGAUGGACAAACCUGAGGUGCCCUUCCUGUGCCACGGCCAGCAUGACUUCGCCAAGCUCCUCUGGAAGGACGGAAACGCUGUCGGGUUCUACUCAGUCAAACCCAAAGACAGCUUGUGUAAUAACUUUGUGACCCAGCGCUAUCAGCUUCCUGUCAUGGACUCCAUAUUUGUCAGGAAGUGUCACCGUGGAAACGGCCAUGGCCUGCAGAUGCUGGAGGACUUUGUGGACUCUUUCAAAGACGACCAGCUUGGCCUGAAGUACCCUCUCUCUCUAACCAUGUAUAAAGUGUGUGGCCAGUACCUGUGUCGGUACCCAGCUGACCAGGAUCUGCUGUGGGUGGUAGAGGGAGUGGGAGGACCCUACCAGAGAGAGAACGUGGCCAGCAAGAUGAAAGCCCUAGCACUGAAAGCGGUGCUCCACGCGGUGACUUCUAACGGAGAGCAACGAGCAGCCUCCCUGGACCACACAGACGUCGGCAUGGAGGAGGACAACUUUCUGGACAUCACCGAGGAUGUUUUGGUGGUAAAUACUCCCCUGAAGUUAAUAGAAGUGUCAACACGUAGCAGGAGUAGUGGACAUAAGAAGCGUGGCAGAGAAGAGACAGAGAACUCCACGGAGGAGAGCCAGCCUCUGAAGAUGAACAGAUUGGAGGGUGCAAAGUCCGAGCCCACCAACACGGAUGUGGAGGCGGAAGGAAGAGAGGGGGAUGAGUCCGGAGAGGCAGAGGCUGCUGUGGCCCCGGAGGAGGAGAAGACAACCAAAGCUCAGAUUCAGACAUGGGAAAAACAGAUAGUCAAGAUGAACGGAGAACUGACUGAUGACCAGAGAGAGGAGGUAAAGGAUGGGGUGGAGGGAGAGGCUGUGCUGGAGAACAGAACGACAGAGGAAGACGUUGAAAUGGAGGAGGAGGAAGAGUCCAUCGAGGCUGAAGACAUGUUAGAAGCAGCUCCUGUGGCGCCAGAGGGGUUGGCUGAAGCUGUGGAGGAGGAACUGGAGGAGGACCCUCUCACGUUAGUAGAAGAACCAGCGUCUGUUUCAGAGGAGGCCCCCUCGCCUGCAGAACCAUCCCCAGCAGAGCCCUCACUCUCUGGGGCUGCGAGUGAGGAGGCUACACCCGUGGAAGAAAGAGAGGAGGACACUGACGCCACAGGAGCUGCUACUACAGAGGUGUUGUCUGAAGCUGUGGAGAAGGAGGAGGCUCCUCUCCCAUUAGUAAAAGAGUCAGCCUCCGCUCCAGAGGAGGCCCCCUCACCCAUGGAAGGAGAGGAGGUAAAGAGAGAAAAGGAGGCGGCGGGGGAGAGCGCAGUGGAGGAACCAGAGGUAAAGGAGAAAUCCGUGGAGGUCAUUGAGGUGGACAGCAGUAGCCAGGAAACAGUGGUCCAGGUUGGGGUAGCAGACCUGUCCUACCAGCCUCUGGAGGAAGGAGAGACCCAGCCUCCUGCAGAGGAAGAAGAGGAGGAGGAGGAGGAGGAAGAAGAGGAGGCGGCGGCGGCGAAGGAAGAGGUCCUGGUCGCGAAUGACGAAAAUAAAGGGGUAGAGGAGAUGGAGAAUGCUACGACUACAGAGGAGUUCGAGGAGGGAAGUGAGAGCUCAGACGAGGGAGGCAAGGGUCAGGCCCUUUGGAGGAGAGUUGGCGGCAGUGGCCCGGCGGCGCCUAAACGUAAAUCUAAGAGACUGAACAGAGUGGUCAUCGAGCCCGAGGAGCAGGACAGGGAGCAGCCAGAGGUCACAGUGGAAGAGGAGGAGAAAGCUACAACUACAGAGGAGGAGGAAGAGGCUGUAGAGAAGAGUUGGGCUGAGGAGGAAGGGGAGCAGCCACCAGUGAUUGACCAGAGGGCAUUGAGAAGGAAGAGCAGACCGGUCCAGACUCCAAAUAAAGCCAGAGGGAAACGACACGGCAAGAUCUGAACACACCAGAAGGCAUGCACAACACACACACAGUGAUGUUUUCUGUCUGGUUUUAGGGUUUGUAAGGGGUCCAAAGUUUACUUGUAUUAUCUCAGUAUGAUGUUUAGAUGCGUUUACUUUAGGUAGUUCAUUUUUUUUUUUUUACAGAAAACGACAAAAAAAGUAUUUGUACAGGAAAACGCAAUACUCGCUGUUGUAAUAAGUCAAUGUGAAGUCUUUUAAUGUUGUUCACAUGUCAUUGUAAUCUUGUUUUUACUGCCUUGUUCUUUAGGAACUGACUGAUAUUGAGUUUAACAGGCCUGUUGUGCUUUGAAUGUGAUUGUCACUCAAAGAUUUUCACUAUCAAGCCCAGGUCCAUGUUCUCCUAUAGCCUGCUCCCAUACUAGUCUUGAGGUGCCGCUGUUAUGUUUGUACUAGUUACAAUAUUUAAGUAGUUUGGGUCGAAAGGCACCUCUUUAGUUCAUCGUUCUGGCAGGAGUUAUUUUAUUAAAAAGUAAUUGAAGUUCUGUUCCAAUGAAAGCCAGCAGACCCAUUAGCUUUCGAAGACCAGUUUUUUUUUUUAUGACAAUAUGGAACUCGUAUUAAGGAAGGAAACUUUCCAAAAAAUGCCUUCAGUUUUCUCGCUAUCUUCUCUUGGAGUGAUGAGAUUAUCUUUUCCGAUGCGCCUUUAGAAAAGCUGUGAAUGAACGUCAAUCGUGACCUUUAGGUUGCACGGCACGUACUCAAGCACAUGCAUAUUAAUACUAUAUUUAGUGAAUACAUCCAUAAACUGUAUUUUGAAUAGGAAGAAAACAUUCGGACGUUAUUCAUCUUAAUUUAGCAAUAAAAUAAAACAUUUCUGAUAUCAUAAUUGUCUUUCCCAUGUAUAAUUUAAGAUGGUGAUUUAUAAUAUAAUUAAUAGCAUGUUUAAUUGCAAUUGGAUAAAAUAUGUAUUACAAUAACUAGAUUAUACCAGAAUUUUGAAGUAACUAUGUACCAUCGAUAUUUUUUAUAUAAACAUUUGUAAAAUGACAACUUUCACUAUUGGGAGAAAAAUAUUUGCAACCCAAAUUCAGUUGUUUCCAUGUGAAUUGUAUGCUGUCAUUGAGUGUUGAUUCACUAGUAGAGGGUACAUUGAACCAAAAAUGUGAAGCAGAAUGCAUCAAAUGGGCUAUUGAUGUACCAUGGUUAUAGGUCAAUGUAUAGAACCUUAACUAGGGCCAUAUUCACUAGGCACCAAACGGACUACCUAAACUUGUUCAAUAAAAAAACACUCCGCUGUGUACGAAUGAGUAUGACCCGGGUUAAGGGAUUGGCUGGUGCUCCCCAGUGUUUAUGAGAUGGUUCGAGCCAGUUGCAUUGACUGUAAAGGUGUUUUCCUCUGUAUGGAAGGAAACCUGUUCUAGCCUUGGCAGAUCGUGUCAAUACAACUGUUUUGAUGUAAAACGUAGACACAAUUAGUCAUUGACUUGAAUAGGGUCUUGAAUAGGAGCUACAGCGUAUGACACCUGGUGGAGCGGCUUUCUCUCCUUAACCUGCACUGAUCUGAAAACUAGGGGUAAGUGAAGGCAAUAUGGCAGAAACCUACCAGGGGAUUUUGCUUUCACCUCUCCACUUCCAGAUCAGUGCAGGGGAAGGAAAGGAGACGAGGAGAGGAUGCCACUCUAUACUAUUGAGAUGCUCACCAUGUGCUUGUAGCGGAAAUGCCCGUUCUUCCAACCGCUGCUAUUCUUGUGGAUGGGUUCCAUUAGGUCUGUUGCUACUGUAUUUUGGAUCCCCCAAAGUGUUUAAAGGCGUAUUAUGACGCCACGGAACUGAUGUACAGAAUAUUACACAGCCAUGUUAGUUCUGGUAGUUUUCUGCUUGAAUGUAUUCUGGAUAUGAUGCAACAGCAGAGGGAGCCAGAGUAGGUGUCAUUGAGCUGCAGCAUUAGGUAUAGUGUAUAUAGCCUGUCUUGGCCCUGUUGUACCAUUUUCAGAUGUGGGUUGAAAAUGGAAGUCGCCACUUGGUGGCGCUCACGUUCUGCCACAUUCGGCUGCUGUGGUUCCCACUGUGUUCUGUCUGGUGGUUUUAUACAUGCUUCGUAGAUAUGUCUGACUGGGUUUGUGCUGGCUUACCCCAGGGCUGUGUUCAGUACGGUGCAACGUACUGAUAGAAAUAGUUUGUUAGCCGGGUACAAGACACUCCUGUUUGCAACGUUCAGAACAUUGCACCUUCCUGAAUGUACCUCUACUACUCUAAAUCAGGCAUCCUUAUUUGCCUCAUUCACAACCAAUAGAUUUUAGACUGUCCUGAAUGGCAAGUGAUGCCCUAUAUAGUGCACACGUUUGACCAACGCCCUAUUGGCGCUGGUCAAAGAGUACAGGGUGCCCUUUAGGGUAGUGUUCUGUUGAUAUGUUUGCACGGUAACGUGUACUGUUUGUGGUUGGAGAGAUUAACCGUUUCAGCGCUGACGCCUAUCUUUAGUCACGGGUACUAUCAGGGUCUCAAUUCAGGAGCUGAAUCAAAGUGAAAUGAAUAGGAAAGAUGUCUAUUUCAAAACAAAGAAAAAUGUGUGCCUUUAUUGAAUGAUCCCUGCCUGUGUAAGGACACCCCCCCCCAAUGAGUUUUUACAUGUGAUAUUUUUCAACUAAUAAGUAGGAUUUCAAAUCAGCUGAAUUCACUGAGUUAUAAUAGAUUGCAACUCAUUCCUGCAUCUUCACUUCCACAUAAUCUGCCUCUUGUGAUGUUACUGGACCUAUCCUGUUGGUUUCUCAGCUGUUUUAUCACAGGCUACUCUUUAUCUUAUAUCUCGCAGAACGUAUUUCAACUUAUGAUUUCCUUGUUCUUAAUAAAAAUAAAAGUUUUUCUGAAAUUA